AUGGAGAUAGUGGGAGGGGUUCCUGCUGGUUCUGAGGUGGUUGUGGAUGUUUCAGAGUCAGAGGAUACUGAUGAUGUCAAUGUUGGACCUCCCAAUCCAGGCACUGCUGGGUCAUUGGAAUCCCUCAACAUAGUUGUGAGGAUGAACAAAGAGAUGGUCACUGACUCCCCUCCCUCCAACUCCCCUCCCUCCAACUCCCCUCCCUCCAACUCCCCUCCCUCCAACUCCCCUCCCUCCAACUCCUCUAUCCUCUCCACCAGCCAAGAGGAUUUCAACCCCAUGCUGGCCUAUUAUCCCCAUGACCCACUUCUGCCAGCAUAUUGCCCAAGCCCUAAGAAGAAAGCUGUCAAGAAGAGCAUGCUGUCUUCCCACAGUCCUCCAGUUGUACCCCCAGUCCCUGGUAGCAAUUGUUACUUGCUUUCCUCUUCCAACAUCUUGACAUCCAAGCACUAA